CAGACUGACUUGGCAACGUUUAGGAAAAACUGUGCGAUACUAUCACAAUCAAGUUAAAGAUUAAUGUUAAACUACAAGCCCCAAAAUUAACAAUGCAAACAAGGACCUUCAGGAUUUCUUUGAGAAUUUCUGCUGGAGUUCGGUUUUUCUUUAAUCGCUUCUGAAUCGGCACCAAAUGACACAAACUUUCUAACGUAAAAGUGUUGGUGACUGGCAGAAUCAACGAGCUUGUUUCUGAGGAAGUGAAUUUAAAACGUGGAUGCUCAUCCUGCGCCCUCCGGUCUGGGUGCCAAUGCAAAUGAGUCAGAGGGCUUGCUUCAGACACAGAACUAAUUGUGUAACUCGCAACGGAAAGUGCCAUUGGAGAGUACAUGCUGACCUCACGGCCGAAAAAAACUAUUUAAAAGAUGUGGAAACCAGAUGUUUCAGCCGCAUUCCAGCCGCUACUCAGAGAAUUUCUCGUGGGCAGCCCCAACACUGUAAAACUGCUGCAACUGAAGAUAUGGUCCUGCUCCUUUGCUUAUGGAUCCUGCUGUGGGAAGAGGUUCACGGAUGGGGAUUCAAGAAUGGAAUCUUUCAUAACUCCAUAUGGCUUGAACAAGCAGCGGGUGUGUACCAUCGAGAAGCUCGGGCUGGCAGAUACAAGCUCACCUAUGCAGAAGCCAAGACCGUAUGUGAAUUUGAAGGUGGCCGCCUUGCCACCUACAAGCAGCUAGAAGCAGCCAGAAAAAUUGGAUUUCAUGUCUGUGCUGCUGGAUGGAUGGCCAAGGGCAGAGUUGGAUACCCCAUUGUGAAACCUGGGCCCAACUGUGGAUUUGGGAAAACUGGUAUUAUCGAUUAUGGAAUCCGGCUCAACAGGAGUGAGCGAUGGGAUGCCUAUUGCUACAACCCACAUGCAAAGGAGUGUGGUGGUGUCUUUACAGAUCCAAAGCGAAUUUUUAAAUCUCCAGGCUUCCCAAAUGAGUAUGACGACAACCAGGUUUGCUACUGGCACAUUCGGCUUAAGUAUGGUCAGCGAAUUCACCUGAGCUUUUUGAACUUUGACCUUGAACACGAUCCAGGCUGCCUGGCUGACUAUGUAGAAAUAUAUGACAGCUACGAUGAUGUCCAUGGCUUUGUAGGAAGAUACUGUGGUGAUGAACUUCCAGAAGACAUCAUUAGCACAGGAAAUGUCAUGACCUUGAAGUUUCUGAGCGAUGCAUCCGUCACUGCCGGAGGUUUCCAGAUUAAAUAUGUCACUGUGGAGCCUGCAUCCAAAUCCAGCCAAGCCAAAAAUAUAAGUAGUACUGGAAAUAAAAAGUUCUUACCUGGAAGAUUCAGCCAUCUAUAAAAAAUUUUUAAGGAGAUGUUCAAAACAUACAAUAUUUAUGUUUGUAGCUUUUGGAUCUCCUUUGUUCUCACUUUUGUAUUUUUAUUAUUAACGUGUAUUUAUUAUUUUUCCGAAUGUGAAAGCAAUAUGUAAUUGUGGGGAAAAAUUGAAAAAUAUACACGGGCUGGGGAGAUGGCUCAGCGGUUAAGAGCACUGACUGAUCUUCCAGAGGACCUGGAGCUCAGUUUCCAGCACCCACAUGGGCAGCUUACAAUUGUCUGCAACUCCAAGAUCUGACACCCUCACACAGACAUAUAAGCAGGCAAAACACCAGUGCACAUAAAAUAAAAAUAAAUUAUUUUUUAAAAAAGAAAAAUACAGAAAACUUCAAAUGAGUGAAAAAAAAAGCCUCAUAAUUCUACUACACAGGAAUAACUAGUAUUAAGAUUUUUCAAUGUUUGUCUUUCAUUUGUUUUUCUACUUGUAGCAUAUGUAUAUAUGUAACUAUACGUAUUUGUAUUUGAAUUUUGUCAUUCUGCAUUAUGUACAAUUUUAUAACCUGAUAUUUUUAAUGUAAACAUUCAUAGCUUGAGCAAUUCCCAAGAUCACUGAGUUUUCUACAAACUGGGACUUUGAGCAGCUGUAAAUAUCCCCUAGUAUGAUUGUUUCCUGCUUUAUUUAAGCCAAAUCCAUAUUGGGAUUUUAGAUUGUUUUCAUAAAAAUUGCUGUAAUAAAUACUCUUGGACAUAAAUAUCUUGCAGGUCUUUGAUUUUAUGGGGACAUAGGUCUACAUGUAGAAAUAUGAAUCAGAAGCUAAUAAAAUAGAAUCUUUC